CGAGCUCGCGCCGCUCCUCAGCCGUCCUUGCGGGCCGGGGCCGGGCAGGGCCGGGGCAGGGCCGGGAUGGGCGCCGCAGGCGGAGCCGCUGCGCCGGCGAGCGGGACCCCGACGGUCAGUGCCCGCGGGGGGAGCCCCGCUAACGCCGGUGUGAUGGACAGGUAGCAGAAGAUUUCACUUUGAUAUCAGGGAAUCAGAAUGACCGAGUGCUUCCUGCCUCCCACUAGCAGCCCCAGUGAACACCGUCGGGUAGAACACAGUGGGGGUCUUGCUCGUACUCCGAGCUCUGAAGAAAUCAGUCCUACAAAAUUCCCUGGGUUGUACCGCACCGGUGAGCCUUCGCCACCUCAUGACAGCUUGCAUGAGCCUCCAGAUAUAGUAUCUGAUGAUGAAAAAGAGCAUGGGAAGAAGAAAGGAAAAUUUAAGAAGAAAGAAAAAAGAACCGAAGGUUACGCUGCCUUUCAAGAGGACAGCUCCGGUGAUGAGGCUGAAAGUCCUUCCAAGUUGAAGCGGUCCAAGGGAAUACAUGUCUUCAAGAAACCCAGCUUUUCCAAAAAAAAGGAAAAGGAUUUUAAAAUAAAAGAGAAACCCAAAGAUGAAAAACACAAGGAAGACAAGCAUAAGGAAGACAAGCAUAAAGAGAAGAAGUCAAAAGACUUAACUGCAGCAGAUGUUGUAAAACAGUGGAAAGAGAAGAAGAAAAAGAAAAAGCCAAUUCAAGAGACAGAGAUACCUCAAGUGGAUGUUCCAAGUCACAGACCUGUGUUUGGCAUUCCUUUGUCUGAUGCAGUGGACAGGACCAUGAUGUACGAUGGCAUCCGCCUGCCAGCGGUUUUCCGUGAAUGUAUAGAUUACGUAGAGAAGUACGGCAUGAAGUGUGAAGGCAUCUACAGAGUUUCAGGAAUAAAAUCAAAAGUCGAUGAGCUAAAAGCAGCGUACGAUCGAGAAGAAUCUCCCAACCUGGAAGAAUACGAGCCCAAUACUGUAGCCAGCUUGCUGAAACAAUACCUACGAGAACUGCCUGAAAAUUUGCUUACCAAAGAGCUAAUGCCCCGCUUUGAGGACGCUUGUGGAAAGAGCACAGAAGCUGAGAAGGUUCAGGAGUGCCAGAGGUUGCUGAAAGAGCUGCCGGAGUGUAACCAUCUCCUCAUCUCGUGGCUGGUUGUGCAUAUGGACCAUGUUAUUGCGAAGGAACUGGAAACAAAGAUGAACAUCCAGAAUAUUUCCAUAGUGCUCAGCCCUACUGUCCAGAUCAGCAACCGUGUCCUGUAUGUAUUUUUUACACAUGUCCAGGAGUUCUUUGGGAAUGUGACCCUAAAACAGGUGACAAAACCUCUUCGUUGGUCAAAUAUGGCAACCAUGCCAGCACUUCCAGAAACACAAGAAAGCAUCAAAGAAGAAAUUAGACGACAGGAGUUCCUACUGAACUGUUUACACCGAGACUUGCAGGCAGGGAUAAAAGACUUAUCCAAAGAAGAGAGACUCUGGGAGGUGCAAAGAAUUUUAACAGCUCUUAAGAGGAAACUGCGAGAGGCUAAGAGACAGGAGUGUGAAACAAAGAUUGCACAAGAAAUCGCUAGCCUUUCAAAGGAGGAUGUCUCCAAAGAAGAAAUGAAUGAGAAUGAAGAAGUUAUAAAUAUUCUACUUGCACAGGAGAAUGAGAUCUUAACAGAACAAGAAGAACUGCUGGCCAUGGAGCAGUUUCUGCGGAGACAAAUUGCCUCGGAGAAGGAAGAAAUCGAUCGUCUUCGCGCAGAAAUAGCUGAAAUUCAAAGUCGCCAGCAGCACGGCCGAAGCGAAACAGAGGAAUAUUCUUCUGAAAGUGAGAGUGAGAGUGAAGAUGAGGAGGAACUGCAGGUCAUCCUAGAAGAUUUGCAGAGGCAAAAUGAGGAGUUGGAGAUAAAGAACAAUCACCUGAACCAAGCAAUUCACGAGGAGCGGGAGGCCAUCAUCGAACUGCGCGUGCAGCUUCGACUGCUGCAGCGAGCGAAAUCAGAACAGCAGGUGCAGGAAGAAGAAGAGGUGGAAAAACGCGGGGGUGUUUCUCAGCAGCCAAGAGACAGUGUCCUGGAGACAAAAGCAGCCAAAGAGCAGCCAAAAGCAAGCAAGGAGCAGCAAGUCAAGCCAUCACCAAGUAAAGACAGGAAAGAAACUCCCAUUUGAUCGGGCUCCUUGGGUGUUCAUAAAAUCAACUGAACUGUGCAAAUUACUGUAACUUGAGUCAAACUGCACAAAUGAUUGCUGGCUGUGUACAUUAUGUAAAGAAACUCCUUUUAAGCCCUGGAGACUUUUGUCUCCAGCACUUGUGGCUUCUACUCAUCAGACUCAGGUGAGUUUAGAAAGGCCAGAAGAGUUUUCCAGUUAGUAUCAGAUUACUUCAAGACUGGUUUCCUUCAGGUGAUUUAAAAUAAUUCAGUAACAGUUUUAUUUUAAACCAAAACCAUUAUUUACAUUCAUCAGAGCAGAACUGAAGAUCUCUUUUUUCAGUAAAUGAACAAAAACCCACCCACACUUAUUAAUUAUUUGCCUUGUGAAUCUGCUCAUUCUCAUUCACCAUUAUUUCUGCUUAUUAACCUAGUCACUUCUUGCUUGUGCCUUUGAUACCUUUCUGAUGCAGAUUAUAUACACGGGAGCUUUAAAUUUAUUCUGGGUUGGCUGAAAAGUUGGGAUACUGUGGGGUAUCAUGUUUACCUAACAUGCCCUUAAAUUUCUUUUUGUUUUAAGAUGUUCUGAAUAAAUGUAAAACUUUACGGAUGUUA